AUGGCUAUGUACUAUUUUCUUCGACCUUCAUGGGGUGAAGAUGAUCCAGACUGUGGCAGCUGGGAGAGUGUCAAGAGCGCCAACACCAUGGGUCAUGUCAUUGAACUUUCUCUCGGCAAUGUAGGCGAAAUUAUUUAUGGGGACAACAUACCAUCUAUGCUUAACUUAUCUAUGUUCCAACCAUUUAAGGAGUUAAGGAUUCUCAAUUUAAGUUGGUAUGGGAUUAAUCUGAUUCAGAAGGAAGGUUCAAAUGGUUUGUUGAGACUGCAAAAGCUUGAGACUUUAGAUCUUUCUGGUAACUACUUUUUAAAUAACUCUUUGCAGUCCUUAAGUGCACUCACGUCUCUUAAAAAAUUGAUUCUAUCUGACAAUGACAUGGGAGGAUCCUUUCCUGUCCAAGAAUUAUCUGUUUUGGAAAACUUGGAGUUUUUGGAUCUGAGCAGCAACUAUCCAGAAGGUUCUCUAACAAUGCAGG